CAACGUAGGCAAAUCUGCCACUGGCUAGUUGUCAACAUGGCCACCAGUGUUUGCCAUCCGCUAGCAUAGCUCUUCGCAAUGGGUGUCAAUUAACUCCACGUAUUUAGCAAAAAGCCAUAUCGAACUAGCUAAGCACUAGAGACGCUUUAAACACCGCGUUCUUUAGUUUCUACAAUACCCAGCCUGUGUCAGUGAAAAUGGCAAGCCCAAGGACCAGAAGAGUUUUGAAGGAAGUGAGAACCCAGGAGGAAAACAACCUUUGCUUUGAGUGUGGGGGCUUCAAUCCUCAGUGGGUGAGUGUGACCUAUGGGAUCUGGAUUUGUCUGGAAUGUUCUGGCAAACACAGAGGCUUGGGAGUGCACCUUAGCUUUGUGCGCUCUGUUACCAUGGACAAGUGGAAGGACAUUGAGCUGGAGAAGAUGAAGGCGGGAGGGAACGGAAAGUUUCGAAUGUUUCUUGAACUCCAAGAUGAUUACGAUGCCACCUGGACCAUGCAGGACAAAUAUAACAGCAGACCUGCUGCACUUUUCAGAGACAAGGUUGCAACCAUUGCAGAGGGGAAAGAGUGGUCUAUUGAAACUUCCUCUGCCAAGGACUGGACUCCGCCACAGGCUAAGACCGGACUUUCGUCGUCUCAUCGCUCAGGGGGCCCUGGCCAGAACUCGGGAAACCCUUCAGACAAGGUGUUUGAGGACUGGUUGAGUGACGAUGUGAACUCUUAUCAGAGUGGUGGCGGUUAUAGUGGGAAUCAGGAGAACCGCUAUGUUGGCUUUGGGAAUACACCGACCCCAGAGAAGAAGGAGGAUGAUGUCCUGAACAACGCUCUAUCUUCCAUUUACUCGGGCUGGAGCAAUUUCACAAUCGGAGCAAGCAAAAUUGCAGCCGUCGCCAAAGAUAAUACUGCAAAACUUGCAACCUCAGCAACUCUAAAGUUAAGGGGCUAUAAGCCGCCCCCCGAGCCGGCCACAGAGUUAGGACAGACAUUAAAUGAGAAUGUUAUCAAACCUACCCACGAAAAGGUAAAAGAUGGCAAGUUGCUAGAUGAAAUGUCCGUCGGCAUUGCUGGGCUGGCAUCCAAGGUUCAGGAUGCUGGUGCAAAAGGCUGGAAGGACAUGACUGACUUCUUUGCUGGAAAGCCAGAGGACGGGUCAGAAGAAGAGAGCUACCAGAACAUGGACGCCACUGAAGGUUACCAGUUCAAUUCCUCAGGCCCAGAACUAGGCCAGGCCCCUGCGCAGGACUUCUGGACGUCCUUUGGCAGCACCAGCUCCUCCAAGCCCAAGAAGUCCCCAAGCAGCGACAGUUGGACCAACGUCGAUAACUCUGCUGCUGAGAAGAAGAGCUCCGACAGCUGGGACAACUGGGGCUCGAAGGCGGCAUCCAACAACAAACACAGCACUGGAGACAGCUGGGAGGCCUGGGACAACAACUGGGACAACGCUGCUGGUGGAGAGGCCAAGGGCAAGAAAAGCCCCGCAGCCGCCCCCGCCAAACCUGCUGAGGAAACCUGGGACAAUGCAGACUGGUAGAGGCCUCACUCACAAUCCUCCCCAGCUCUUUCUCCCUUUUCCUCUACCUUCACUGCCUUCUCUCUUUCCUUCCUUCUCAGAGGCACUUUUACAGUUGCACAGUUCUGUCUCUGACCUAGGUUGAGUUCAAUGCCAGUUCAGUAUGUAUUUAUCACUCAAUAACAACUAAUUGAAAUGGAAUUGAGCUCAACGCACACUGAGUAUUCCUGAAUAUUUACACAUUUUAAAGGAAGGUUGCAGUCUAUUUAAUUUUGCUGGAUGUGUAUACAUUUCUUUAAUUAAUUACAGGAGUUAAAUCUAAAUGUAAGCAGAGUCAUAAUCAUCUCAUGUCACAUUUAAAGUUGUCUCCAUAUUAGAAGGCAAGGUGCCAUCUUGGUUUUAUGAGUCUAUAGUCUGACAUUUUAAUACAUCAUCCUCAACUAAAGAUGGCAGUAGUCACCUACUCAACCAGAGUUUUUAGAGUGAGAGGAGCCUGGUCUGUCAGUGGUUAUCCCUUGAAAAACGGGGUUUCCACACUCAAUUUAUGCAUAAUGAAAUUGACAAGGAACUGGAAUCCAGUUUAGUGUGCUGUCGUGUAAAGCCAGCAUCCCUUGCACCCCAACAGUGCGGUCUGUGUUGACUUAAACUUACGGUCAAAAUGUUCUGUUGUAUGUCAAUUUACGACUGCAGCUAACCUUGGUAUGAUGAUGCUUAGCAUUGUGCAAUGGCGUUAUAUGUAUAUAAUGUAGCUGCUGGAUUCAUGUGACGCAAGUACAGUAUUUUACCAAUAUUUUUUUCUUUCCAUUCUCAGCCGUCUUCAUUGAAACCUGAAGAGAAAGCUCUUAUGAGUCGGUACGACUUGGUUAUUUUGAUGAGGAACAGGUGAUAAGUACAUUUAGGUUUUAAUACAACCUAGUCUAAAAAGCGGUUGACAGUGUAAAAGUACUAUUCCACCACCCAAUCAGUGGUUGUCGAUCGCAUGGCAUUAAUCUCAGCAACUAACUGUAAUAUAAAUGAUAAUGUGUUAAUUUAAUGUGAUAAGCUGUACAAUUAUUGUGUGUUGAGAACUGGACACAUUCGUUUUUGGAGUAGGGACUGUAACUCUGACUUGGUUCUCAUUGCAUGUAAUACUGCCGAACCUGUGGGACCACCACAGCAACCUUCUGUGACCUCAGCAACCUUCUGUGACCUCAGUGGGAUCUAGUAUAGUCUAGUUGCGUCUGUUGUCCUCAACACACACUCCAAAAAAAAAAGAAGAUUUUUCAUUAAGCUGAUUUUUUUCAGUCUCCAUGUCCGUGUUAAGUGUUGCAUCCAAGUUUUCAUGACUUCAUGUUAAAACAGACAACGGGCAAAGAACACGUCUCAGGCCAGUCAUGUAAGAAUCUUUGAUACGAAUUUCAGUUUGAUACGGACAGUCGCUUCUCAAGGAGUGAGGUUGAAUACUGCCAAUUUUGAAAGAGCUUUUCGCUGGACUUCUAACAUGAGUCCGAUGUUUUACAUUGACAUGCAAAUUUCAGCCAUGUAAUCCCUUGCCCUUGUUGUUCGAUUUGACAUGUUUUUGUGUUCGUAUACAGGGGUUAAAUGGGCAUUUCUGUGUCCUGAAUUGCUGGCUUUUCCAUAGUCAUUUUUCACAGAUUAGCCUAGUUCCUACUGUUUACUAUCUCACCUUGCAAUGUCUCCCGUUGGAACUCUCAAUUUCACCCUUGUAUCUAUGUGAGAGAGUGGCGUUGCCUAGAUUAUUUUUUUCACUCAUGAAAAAGAGGAGACGUCAAGGCUAUUAUUUCUUAAUUGCACCAGAUUGUUGGAAUUUCCUUCACCUGACAAUUUUUCUGGUGGAACCACAUCAAUACGGGCUGAUGUGGCGUGGCUUGCAUUGUCUUGUGUGAACGAGAAAUGCUUCUGCUAAAUGAGAAACAAAGACUGCCUGAGUUGUUUUCUACACACCAGGAUAACUAAUGACUAACUGCAACGCUUGUGUAGUAGUGCAUGUUUUGCGGUAUUGCGCUCUCCCCACCCUCUAUUUUAAUGUUGUGUUACAAGCCUUAAAGAGCUGUCGUCAUAGUCUAUCUAUUGAUAAACCGGUGUCAGUUUGGUUUUAAGUGUGUGUUUGGGUUUGUGUUUUCCGUUAUUAGAUGGACAGCAUGUAUGAUCAAAUGAUAAACUAUGAACGUAAAACGAGGUGCUUCUGUUUACAGUUUGCCUCCAUAUUUCUGAUGCUCUAUGACUUUUUGUACUAUGACUAAUCACACAGCCUGGAUGGUGAACCAGCCUGAUGGUGAACGUAGCGAUUGGGCUGUCUCCACCAAGCUAAAAUACACAUUCUUACAGUCCCAAUUUAGUUCUUUAAAAAAAUAUAGUAUUCAUCAAUGAAUUCCAGUGUUUUAAUCUAAAGGAUGUUCAAUGUUAUAUAUUAUGUUUUAUAGAUCUACAAGUCUCACAGUGGAUCAUUAGGUAUAAAUAUGUUAUGUAACACUUGCAAAUUAAAGAAUCUUCUCAUAUUUUUUUACCAUUGAUGGUAAUGAAGACUUUUCAGCAGUGCGGUUUAGUGAAAUAUAGGCCUAACGCUGAAAAGUAAAGUAAACCAUGUGCUUUUAUGUCCAUUCAUGUUUUGACUGCCACAUUGGAGAUUGCCACCCACAAUCUUUGUAGAUAUCAUUGUUCAGUCAACAAAUAAUAUUUUUUGAUAUUGUACUUGGUUGCCUAAUGUAGCUAUGGUUUGGAGAUAAAAAAAAGGUAAUUUCUUUAUUUUGAAAACCAGUAUUUCUAAGUACAGUGGGCGUUGGUGAGUUGAGUUCCACUAACUUAUCUAAACAAGUAUUCAAUAUUGGUGAUUGAUUAAAGGGAAUUUCCUCCAAUGCUUUUGAAUCUCAUGUGAACCAUUACUUACUUUAGGCUUGUCCCUUAUAGUAAUGUAAUAUGUAUAAUGUGUAAAAUGUACAGUUAUGGGUGUAUGUACAGUGGCUUCAGUAUGUAUUCAUACCCCUUGACUUAUUCCACAUUUUGUUUUACAGCCUGAAUUGAAAAUGGUUUAAAUAGCUUUUUUCUCUCAUCCAUCUACACACAAUACCCCAUAAUGAACAAUUGAAAACAUGUUUUUAGAAUUUUUUUCAAAUGUAUUGAAAAUGAAAUACUCUACGUGACCAAAAGUAUGUUGACACCUGCUCGUCAAACAUCUCAUACCAAAAUCAUGGGCAUUAAUAUGGAGUUGGUCCCCCUUUGCUGCUAUAACAUCCUCCACACUUCUGGGAUGGCUUUCUACUAGAUGUUGGAACAUUGCUGUGGGUAUUUAUAUCCAUUCAUCCACAAGAGCAUUAGUGAGGUUGGGCACUGAUGUUGGGCGAUUAGGCCUGGCUCGCAGUCAGCGUUCCAAUUCAUCCCAAAGGUGUUUGAUGGGUUUGAGGUCAGGGCUCUGUGCAGGCCAGUCAAGUUCUUCCACACCGAUCUCGACAAACCAUUUCUGUAUGGACCUCGCUUUGUGCACCAGGGCGUUGUCAUGCUGAAACUGGAAAGGGCCUUCCAAAACUGUUGCCACAAAGUUAGAAGCACAGAAUAGUCUAGAAUGUCAUUGUAUACUGAAGCAUUACGAUCUCCCUUCCCUGGAACUAAGAGGCCUAGCCCGAACUAUUAAAAAAAACGGCCCCAGACCAUUAUUCCUCCUCAACCAAACUAUACAGUUGGCACUAUGCAUUGGGGCAGGUAGUGUUCUCUAGUCAUCCGCCAAACCCAGAUUUGUUCCUUGGACUACCAGAUGGUAAAGCGUGAUUCGUCACUCCAGAGAACGCCUUUCCACAGACCAUUAUUACGAGCUACGCACUUCAGCACUCGGUGGUCCCAUUCUGUGAGCUUGUGAGGCCUAUCACUUCGCGGCUGAGCCGUUGUUGCUCCUAGACGUUUCCAAUUCACAAUAACAGCACUUACAGUUGACCGGGGCAGAUCUAGCAGAGCAGAAAAUUUUAUGAACUGAUGUUGGAAAGGUGGCAUCCUUGGACAGUGCAAUGUUGAAAGUCACUAAGAUGUUCAGUAAGGCCAAUCUUUGUCUAUGGAGAUUGCAUGGCUGUGUUCAAUUUUACACUUCAACAACCGGUGUGGCUAAAAUAGCUGAAUCCACUAAUUUGAAUGGGGUAUCCACAUACUUUUGUGUAUAUAUAGUACAUGUAAUUUCCAUAAGUAUUCACACCCCUGAGUCAAUACUUUGCAGAAGCAACAGACUGAACCAUGUUUUCCUUUAGGAUUUUGCCUGUGUUUAGCUCCAUUCCAUGUAUUUUUUUUUUUAUCCUAUAAAAACCCUCACCACUUAACAAUAACAAGCAUUCCCAUAACAUGAUGCAGCCACCACUAUGCUUGAAAAUAUGGAGAGGUACUCUGUUGUAUGGGAUUUGCCCUAAACACAACAAAAGUUAAUUGCUUUGCCACAUUUUUUGCUGUAUUACUUUAGUGCCUUGUUGAAAACAGGAUGCAUGUUUUGGAAUAUUUUUAUUCUGUACAAGCUUCCUUUUCACUCUGAAUUAGGUUAAUAUUGUGGAGUAACUACGAUGUUGUUGAUCCAUCCUCAGUUUUCUCCCAUCACAGCCCUAAACAAUUAACAUUUAUUUUAUUUUUUUGUGUACUUUUUACCCCUUUUUCUCGCCAAUUUUGUGAUAUCCAAUUGUUAGUCUUGUCCCAUCGCUGGAACUCCCGUAUGGACUCGGGAGAGGCGAAGGUCAAGAGCCAUGCAUCCUCAAAAACACGACCCGCCAAGCCGCACUGCUUCUUGACACGCUGCUCGCCUUACCCAGAAGCCAACCACACCAUUGUGUCGGAGGAAACACCGUACACCAGGCGACCGUGUCAGUGUGCAUGCGCCCGGCCCACCACUGGAGUCACUACAGCACGAUGGGACAAGGAUAUCCCGGCCGGCCAAACCCUCCCCAAACCUGGACGACGCUGGGCCAAUUGUGUGCCGCCUCAUGGGUCUUCCGGUCGCGGCCAGCUGCAACACAGCCUGGUAUCGAACCCUGAUCUGUAGUGACGCCGCUAGUACUACAAUGCAGUGCCUUAGACCGCUGUGUCACUUGGGAGGCCUCUAACUUUAAAAAAAAUCACCAUUGGCGUCAUGGAGAAAUCCCUGAGUAGUUUCCUUCCUCUCUGGCAACUGAGUUAGGAAGGAUGCCUGUGUCUUUGUAAUGGCUGGUUGUAUUGAUACACCAUCCAAAGUGUAAUUAAUAACUUCACCAUGCUCAAAGGGAUAUUCAAUGUCUGCUUCUUUUUUUUCUUUUUUUCACCCAUUUACCAAUAGCUUCCCUUUGAGGCAACCUCCCUGGUCUUUGUUUAAUUUGUUUGAAAUUCAGUGCUUGACAGAGAUGAGGUAGUCAUGAAAAAAUGGUUAAACACUAUUAUUCCACACAGUGAGUCCAUGCAACUUGUGUGACUUGUUAAGCACAUUUUUACUCCUGAACUUAUUUAGGCUUGCCAUAACAAAGGGGCUGUCAAUAGUUAUUGACUCAAGAUACUUCAUUCAGCCUUUUAAUUUGUAAUUUAAAAAAAAAAUCUAAAAACCUAAUUCCACUUUGACAUAUGAGGUAUUGUAUCUAGGCCAGUGACACAUUGCUAUUGUAUCCAUUUUAAAUCCAGGCUGUAAAACAACAAUGUGGAUAAAGUAAAGGGCUGUGAAUACUUUCUGAAGGGACUGUAUGUGCACUACCUGUUGUCUGAAUGGAAAAUAAAAACAUACAUGUAUGUUGAAAAUGCUG